AUGGACACUCUACGGCGCAGGAUACCCUUCAGGCUCGGCGACGACGGAGACGACUUUGACUCACAGGGGAAUCUGGACGAGCAACAACAAGACGCACUACUUGAAGACCUCCGGAAGGAGAACAACAGUGUCAAUCGCACAUAUUACACAUCUCUUAAAAUUCUACUCGGUCUGUCUGUGAUUCUCCAGUUCACAUCUUUCAAGCAUAAUCCUCUAGUCACUGUUUUCCCCAUAACUUCCAAAGAGACCGCACUGCCUCUCCCGAUAUUUUUUAUCAUCUUGUCGCUCUUCAUCCAUCUCAACCUGACCCUCUGCUUGUGUGCUGAGGACGCACGCGUUUUCCUGCAAUUGGCCGACCCCAUCAGUCCGCUUUCCUAUCAGAUCCUCUACCUACUCUCCGCCGUUGCUCCCACACUGUCGAUAUACCUAGGAAAGCCCUGGCAAACCAGUGUUUGGUGGUGUACAACUCUCGCGAUGGUCUUCGUUGUCCAUGCCGUGAUGGACACCAUCGAACAAAGCAACGAAAAUAUUGCCGACCUAGAAACGAUGAAGUACAAGGCAGCUGGAGCUUAG